AUGACUCAAACUAAACCCGUCCCUUCUCCCGAAAUGCCAAUGUCUGAAGUCGAAGUAGAAGAAUCCACGCAAGAUAUUGAAAUUAACCUUGAGGAAAUUGAACCGCCCAUUCCUCCUGACGGUGGCUGGGGUUGGGUCGUGUUGGCUGGAAGCUUCAUCUGUAUGUUCUUCGUAGACGGUCUAUCAUUCUCCUUCGGUAUUAUACUUUCCGACGUUCAGGAAAGCUUCCAGUGUUCAACAACGACAAUUUCACUGGCUGGAUCUUUCAUUGUCGGGUUUACUCUCAUAUCUGGGCCACUCGUCAGUGCUAUUUCGAAUGUUGUGAGCUUUCGAGUUCUCGUUUGGGUGGGAUCUCUGGCAUCCUUCUGUUCAGUCAUGACUGCAUCCUUCGUCUACGAUGUUUACUCCUUCAUCAUUCUCUACGGUGUUGUUACCGGAAUAUGCUACGGUUUGAUCUACCUACCCUCAGCCACAAUAGUCACUCAAUGGUUUGCAAAACGACGAGCCACAGCAACCGGAAUUUCAGUUUGUGGUAGCAGUAUUGGCUCAGCCGUCUAUUCAAUCAUUAUUCCACGACUUGUCAAACUAUACUCUUGGAGGGGGUGUAUGGCCAUAAUGGCCGCCUUCUCCUUGAACUGCUUUGCAGCGGGAUUCGUCUUCCUUUCAGUGCGGGAUUAUCAAAGAAUGAAGUUACGGAAGAAACAGAAAUCUGAGGCGAAAGAGAAGACAGAGGCUUCACUUUCCCAAGACAUUGAGCAAACAGAGAAUUCUAACUACCACAGCGGUAAUGAGGCAGAACUGGAAAGUGGAAUUUGCAAUCAGGUCCAAAAACUCGAACAUGGUGAUAGACCUGGAAGUCAUGUUACAAAUCUACCUGCCACUGUCCAAGAAGAUCAAACUGAAACGCAUCAAAUACAUUCAAGUAAGAGUACAAUUCACUUAUCCAUUAAUAUCAACCGUUUAAGAAAAUGGCCGUCGAAUUGGUCUGAUUUUUUCGUACAUUGCUCAGGACUUCCGGAAAUGUUUCAUGACCAGUCUCAAGGAUCUAGCCUGCUUUUCACGUCAUCUGUAUCCUUACGUCCAUACGUGCAGGCUGGUGUUCACGUAGACCCGAAACUGCAGGAGGAAAUCAAGCGACGACUUGAGCGCGAGACAGAACUUCCUGUGAAUCGUGCUGAUUUCUUCUAUACUACUAGCAUGUCUCGACUGGACGAGUUCGUCUCAUCUCACACACUAAAUGAAUACGUACGCAGUGUUACAAGGAUUGGAGCUUCAGGUAUUAUAGAAGCAGUUGACGAAGAGAUUGGAAAGGAAUCUAAAAUAAAAUCUAACAAGGUUAUCAGAAUGCUUUCGGAACUAUUCGACGUUAGUCUUUUUAGAAGUCCAACAUUUGCAGUCCUCCUUGCAUCCAGUGUGUUCGGUCUUCUUGGUUAUCCGGUGCCCUAUAUGUUUCUGUCAAGUGAAGCACAGAGCCUUGGUUUCACUGUGGAGUCGUCCGCAAAUCUUUUAGUUUAUCUUUCUUCUGUUAAUACAGUUGGAAGGAUUGUAGCUGGUGUCAUUUCUGACUGGCCAUGUACUGAUGCUCUGCUUGUGAAUAACGCAGCUCUAAUUAUUGCCGGGGUAGCCUGUAUGCUUCUUCCUAUCUUACCUACCUAUGCUGGUCAUGUCGCUUAUGCGGUGACCUUUGGUCUCUCAAUUGCUGCUUUUGUGUCACUUCGUAUAAUCCUUUUGGUUGAAAUGCUGGGUCUUGACAGGCUAACAAACGCCUAUGGUUUCCUAUUGCUAUUCCAAGGUGUUGCCUACAUGGCAUCGUCACCUAUUCUUGCUGCCUUCUAUGAUGCAUACAACGAUUAUCGAUACACUUUCUUCCUUGGAGGUGGAUGUCUAAUUAUCUCUGGUGUUAUGUGCAUUCCGUUGCGGAAACUCCAUCGAUGGGAAAAGAAGAGAAAUGGGGAGACCAUUGACCCAAUUGAAAGAGGAUGCUUCUUCCGCUGUAUACGGUUAGCACGCGAUCGACUUAGACACUGA